CUCAUAAUUAAACAUGAAAGAACACCUCCAUAUAUCCCCACUCCUAAAGUUCCUUUUUCUUGUAACACUUUGAUCAAAGUUGUGGGCCUAUUUGAUAUAGCACCAUAUUUUGUCCUUUGAUGAAAAAUACUGUUUGGUAUUACCACAAUUAACAAACCUCCCCCUUCCUCUUCAACAAAAAUAUGUAUGCUACCAUACAGGAUGGCGUUAGUAAUGCAGAUGUAGUCCAUUGGUAUUGUUAGAUCUUGUUAUCGAUCACUAAAUUCUGUGAAUUAGUCCCUCCGUUGGAACAGAUUAUAAACAAAUUAUGAUGGAAGCAUCAUCUGGAAAUGAUUCUGAUAUCACUAGCCAGGUUGCUUCUAACAUUGAGUUUCCUCAGUUUAGUCCCGAACCUGUGUCACUUGACUUGUCUCUCGGCUUUAAUUCUGGUACCGAUGAAUUUGCCAGCCAAGAUUCGAUAGGAUUUUCAGUAUCAAGUACGUGUGACGAAAGCAGCAAUGAACUUGCAGCAUCCCAAACUUCAGGGGAAGCAGCAGUUAGAAGAGUUUUCACUUGCAAUUUCUGCAAACGUAAAUUCUAUAGUUCACAAGCACUUGGCGGUCACCAGAAUGCUCAUAAACGAGAGAGAACAUUAGCUAAACGAGCUAUGAGAAUGGGGAUCUUUUCGGAAAGGUAUGGUAAUUUGGCUGCUCUGCCAUUGCCCGGGUCUACUGCUCGAUCGUUGGGUAUCAAGGCUCAUUCUUCAAUGCACCAGGGUUUUCCAGCAGCAAUAAGGUCACUAGAUUUCAAUACGAGUGCUAGAUUUGGAUAUGUACACCAUCAGAAUCCGCCUUUAUACGUUGAGGAUAUCGAUGAGACUGAUCACUUAUUAUGGCCUGGCAGUUUUCGUCAAGUAACUAACGUUAACAUCUCUCAUCAUCCUACUAUUACUUUUACUGGAUGUUCGAAUGUGAAUUCUGUAGAGUGGACUCCGUCUGUUGAAAAAGACGAUUUGUCACCAGAUCUCACACUGAAGCUUUGAGCAAUAGUACUUGAAUAGCCUUCCACAUUUGGCUCACUUACUUCCUCAGUACCGUGAGAUAUAUUGGAAAACGAAAACGUGUGCAUUUUGGUAUAUAUAUAUAUCACUUAACGGACGAUAAGAGCUCGUCAGGUCAGUAUAUUGAGAAUGUUAGUUGAUUGUUGUACAACAGAUCCUUAUAAUUCGGCUCUUUCUGGACCAUGCGCACUGCUCUUUUUGAGUCGACUGUUGUACAAUGUGAGUGUAUUGAUUAUGACUUGUAACAAUGGUAUGAAUUUAGUAUUUACUUUCACAAAAUCUGUUGUUGUGUUUAAGUAGGGAAAUGAUUGUAAUUGACUUAAGAUUAGGGAGGGAAUCCCUUGGUGUGUGUGAUGUUAAACUCUAUUAGAGAAACAGAGUUUUUGUGUUUGUACUAAUGGUCUGACAGUUUGUGUACUGCAAGUUAUAAUUACUUUGAUUAAUGAGUGACAUAAUGUGCACACAAA